CAAAUCAGCAUUAUUUAACUGUCUAUCAGCAUUUCAUCCUUCUACAGCACUAAAGUAUUAUUCCAUACAAUCCAUACACGAAUAAUCCCUAUGAGUUACUACCAUGGGCAUAUCCUCUUCACAACCAGAACCACAAUUGCCAGAAGGCUUCACGUGGCCCCCUCACCCACAGAACCGCCAGGAGCUUCGUGACCGAUAUGGAUACAACCCGUUUGAAUCUUCAGGCUUCAAGUUAGAGCAGCGUCGCCGACUUGAAGUGGUGUUUGAUACCUUCUGCACUUGUUCUGAGUCAAUUAAAUUCUGGUCAGAAUCGAACCUCACCGACUUUUUACAGAGUACUUUUCCUCAGGAAAUAGCACCAAUUCUCCUAGACGCAAUCCCAGUUCUGCACCGCUUCCUACUGCGUUUGGGUUCAUUCCCGUAUCAGAAUGACCCAGACAAGCUUUUAACCCUCGAUGUCCUGCGAAUGGCGGUCAUACUUAUGUUGAUCUAUGAUUCAGAACGAGCUGAAGCCGAUGGGCCAGACACAACUCUGGAAUAUGAUACGUCAUUUGCUGAUUUCAGGAGAGUAGCCUUUCAGAGCUUGGCAACGCUGGACCCUUUUCCAUCCAAACAGCUUCAACAGAGGCAGCGUGAUGAAGAAGAUGACUUCCACCUUGAACGGGUCAUUCACCGUAUCAACAAGGAAUAUAAUUGGCAAAAUCCUGAAGAUCCCAAGUGUAUAAUUUUCGGCCCCGAAUUAUCAGUCUCAGACUAUGCCUCAUCUUGGUCAAAUGACUUGCACAGAUUAAUCCCCAUUGACGAGUGGCGAUCUCUACUUCGAUUAUUACUUGUUUCUCAACUCUAUCGGGGUGGCAUUAAUCCUCAGCAGUUUUCCACUUAUCCCCCACAGUUGGAACACGUUAUAGACUCCGUUCUUGGGGCGUUUAAGGAAAACACUAAUGCGACCGGUAUUUCCUGGGAGGUUUUUGAUCGGGUUGUGGCAAGGUCAAUGCCACGAUUCUUGAUGGGAUGGGACAGAAUCCUUGGGCCACUAUAUUCAACAGAACAUCUGCACGAAUUUCCUGCGUCAGCUUCUGUAUCCGAGGCCCAAUCCCUCUUCAGAGAAACAUAUACCCCUCUCUUUCAGCGAGAGGGUCCCAAGUCCAGCCUGCUAGACCUUCCCAGACUUAGCCAGCUAGACCUGCUUAUGCUCUCUCAAUUGCAGACUGAAAACGCAUCUCUCUGUUGGUCAGCCGGCAGAGAGCAGCACCUCAACCUCCGCGAUCUCCAUACUGCCAUGACAGACCAACAAACCCCGCACCAAAUCCUUGUCAUCUCAGGGAGUAGCGACAAAGAUGAUCAUGUCAUCUUCGGUGCCCUCCUAUGGUCGCCACCAACUGCAGCAAAUGAAACUCCACGUAUGAUUGUCAGCCGCAUCUUCCAGCUCAAACCAGUUCAUAGGUCUUUCCGCCCGCUGAGUGGAUAUUGCUUCGAUGUCAAAACAACCCCCCCUUUACUGGAGAAUGACCCUGUCUCAAUUAAGAUGACCAUUCCCAUGGGUGAGAAGGACCCUGACACGGUGGAUCUGGUGCUGGAUGAGACGUCGAGGAGUGGGGAACUCAUUAUGGGAAAGAGUCCCAAGAUUCGGGAGUAUUUCCGUAUUGAUGCGGUAGAGGUACUCCGGGUUGAUAAGGAGAAUAAACCUGUUAAGUUUCAUUGAAUAAUCCCUCAGUUGUGCCAUUUGUAUUCUAAAGUGAGAUGUAACAUAACUUGAAUCCACUGAGAAGAGAACGAACCCUUUUACAUACAAGAAAUAAGCCAUCUUUAC